UACAAACAAUAUCAUUUGAGGUUAUAAAAAAACCUGCUAUUGUAGUUUGAGUUGAUUAUAAAAUAUUUUUUUUUAUAUAUAUUUUUAAGUAGAUACUAUAGGAAAAAAAAAUUAAAUCGGUAAAGAAAACAGUGCCUUUAUCGGAAAAUUUAGAUAUAAGCAGUGACGAAUAAAAAUUUUCUGUUUGCUUGUUUUGCAAUGCUAAAAUUCCCCGUUGCAGUGAAGAGAAAAAAAAAAGGCUCACCGCUCCUCUUGAAUCCGUGCAAGGUGGCUGCAGGCCUGGCAACCACGGGAAGGCAGAAAUUGAAGUGUUUGAUGAAGCUGCAUCGAAGAAAAUCCACAGGAUUGUGUGCGGAUCACCGCUCCUCUUGAAUCCGUGCAAGGUGGCUGCAGGCCUGACAACCACGGGAAGGCAGAAUUUGAAGUGUUUGAUGAAGCUACAUCGAAGAAAAUCCACAAGAUUGUGUGCGAAUGCUUGCGGAAAACCUGAACAUGAACCCUGAAGAGGCAGAGUGCUGGAUUGUCAAUCUGAUAAGGAAUGCUCGCCUGGAUGCAAAGAUCGACUCCAAGCUGGGGCACGUGUUCAUGGGGACUCAGCCCCUGUCCCCGUACCAGCAGCUGGUUGAGAAGGUGGACUCCCUGUGCGUGAGAUCGGAAGCCCUGCAGAACCUCAUAGAGAGGAAGCUUAAAGCACGCACCCAAGACAAGGCGAAGAUAAUGCCAGCGGCGCAGUUGGCUCGCGGCGCCGGCAGAGCGACGCAGCGGCAGAGCUAGUGGCGGGGUCGGCAUGGAGGCAGGCGACCGCACGCCGGGGGCGGAGGAGGCGGCGGAGACGGAGGGCCUAGCGGGGUCGCCGUCGGUCGUCACCUCGAGCGGCAAGCUGCGCCAGUACCUGGCGGCCGUGAUAAUCUGCAUGCUGUCGUUCUGCCACGGCACCGUGUACGGCUGGCUCGCCCCGGUGCAGCCGCUGCUGCAGUCCGCCGACAGCCCGCUGGGGGGCGGCCCCAUGACAGAGGAUGCCGCGGCCACGGCCGGCUCGCUCGUCAGCGCCGCGGCGGUCGUCGCCGUGCCGCUGUUCACGCACCUCGGCACCUCGGGCAGCCGCCGGCUCGCCGGCUGCCUGGCGGCGCUGCCCUUGCUGCCCGGCUGGCUGCUGGUCGCCUUCGCCCGCUCGCAGCCCGCGCUCUUCGCCGGCCGGCUGCUGGCGGGGCUGGCGUGCGGCGCCGCCUCCAGCAUGAUGCUGUUCGUCAACGAGGUGGCCCAGGACCAGGUGCGCGGCGAGCUCUGCACCUUCGGCAACCUGCUCUUCAACGCCGGCGUCCUCUUCGCCUACGUGGUCGGCAGCUGCGUGCCGUACGCCGCCUUCGGGCUAGCCUGCCUGGGCGCGGCGCUCGUGUACCUCGCCGGCCUGUGCGUGCUCCCCGAGUCGCCGUACCACCUGGUGAAGCUGGGCAGGACCGCGGAGGCCCGGCGCGCGCUGCGCUGGUACCGCGGGGGCAGCCGCGACGUGGAGGAGGAGCUGGCCAGGAUGCGCAGGCGUGUAAGCGAGGCGGAGCCCGUGCGCUGGUCCACCGUGGUGAAGGCCUUCUCGGAGCCGGGCGCCGUCAGGGCGCUGCUGAUCGGUGCGGCGCUGUGCGUGAACGCGCACUUCUGCGGCCUCUUCGCCAUCAUCAGCUACAGCGUGCGCAUCUUCCAGGAGUCCGGCGCGAGCAUGUCGCCGUACGGCGCGACCAUCCUCGUUGGCGCGCUGCGCUUCGCCUCGGUGUACGUGGCCGGCCUGGUGGUGGACCGUGCGGGCCGCAGGGUGCUUCUGGUCGCCUCCAACGCCACCAUGGCCGCCAGCCUUGUGGUCCUUGGCGGCUACUUGUACGCGCGCGAGGCCUCGCCGCAGCUCGGCCACGGCUGGCUGCCCGUCGCCUGCACCUGCGUCUACAUCGUCAGCAUGUCUCUGGGCGUGGGCUCACUCACCUUCGUCAUCAUCACGGAGCUGUUCUCGUUCCGGAUCCGGACCGUGGCGACCACGGUGUGCCACUGCAUGCUCUCCUUCAACGUGUUCGUCGUGGUGAAGACCUUCCCGGCGCUGAAGGGAGCCCUGGCCCUGCACGGCUGCUUCUGGCUGUACGCGGGCGUGUGCGCGGCGGGGGUGCUGCUCGCCUACUUCUGGGUCCCCGAGACCAGCAACCGGAGUCUGGAGGCCAUCCAAGCGCAGCUCAGAGGUGACCGGAACACAGCCAAGUGACUCUGCUGUAGCAGGGGUUCAACCCUCCCCCACCCCGGAAGCGGAUUGUCUGAAGUUUCGCACAGAGCGACAAGCGAGAUGUCAUCACCGAGCAGCCCAGUCGGUCAGCAAACGUAAACAAAGUCGAAUCGGAGUGGUUGGUUUGUAACUGGUCUGUUUCAAUUCUCAAAUCAUGGUGAUUGGUCUAGGGAUAAUCAGUACAAUUCAAAUUCUAUUAUGUUUUAGUUUUUCUUAACUUAAUUGGGCAUUUGGUAGCAGUAGUGAUUGUAACACUGCGACUUAAUUUCUUACAAAACUCCAUAAAACUUUUUAAAAAUGAAAAAAAAAAAAAAAAAGUUUUUUUAUUGUUAUAUGAAGUCAGGUGCAUUCAUUUAAAUUUUGUACGUAUAACAUGAAGAAGAGCAUUGUUGGAUUAUCACCAGAUGCGUAAUUUUAAAUGACCGUUACAAACAUUGGAAAUUGCAACGUGAAGUUAUGUUUGAGUGAGUAGUAGCUCAGUGGCCUCAGCUCAAUGCGUAGGUGUUUAUAUUCUGUAUAUCAGUCAUCGCUAUGUCGGAAGUGGAGCGCACACAUUUUUUAACUUCUACCAGCAUCAUGUUAAAAAUGUUUGCCAUGUGAUCAUAAAUACAUAUUCGAACAUACAUAUUUAACAUAUUAUUAUAUAUUUAUAUAAUAGUACAGUCCAGAGCCUAUUAUUGGCUCACCUGCGCUAAAAAUAUUUCUGAAUCGUGGCACAUGAAAGAGAGGUUAGGUUCAAAACUAAUUUUUUUAAAUUUUGUUUUACUGAACUUCAACUGUUAGUUGUUAACACCCUAACAUUUAUGUUAUAUAUCAAUUGUAUCAUCUUGCUAAUGUCAUCUUAUUAGGGAUAAGUUUGUAAAGUUCCUACUUAGGUUCGUUAGGUUAUUAAUUAAUUCUUUUGGCAACAGUAGUAAUAGUACUUUACUACUUUUAUUAUUUUUUUAAAAAAAUUACCUACUAUGUUUGUGUAGGGUAUUUAAAUAUUGUAGUGUAAACAUACUUGUGUGGAUUGAAAGAAAAAUUGAGUAUAAACUUAAAACUUAUAAAAGCCCAGUUUUGAAAAAUGAAAUUCACUGCUAUUCUAUUUACUUAAGAAUUAAAUUAAUUCAUUGGAAUAAAAUCAAAGGUUGAAGAGAUUUUUUUCUACUAAGUUAAGUUUCAUUCCAGUUUCAUGUUUUUUAAAAUUCAACUAGGUCAGCCAGUGGCGUAGCCAGGAUUUGUGUAUGGGGGGUGUUAAGAAGCAUGCCGGCCCCCCCCCCUCCCAUAUUAAAGCGGGGGCCCGGGGAUCCUCCACCGGGAAAAUUUGGAUUUUAAGGUGUAAAAUAGUGCUAUUUUAGCAGUUUUCGGUAAUUAAAUUUAAAUAUUGUAAUGGUAAAAAUUGUAUUAAUUUUAAUAUGAAAUUUGUUUGAAUGAUGAAUAAGAAAUUAAUUAAAUAUUUGGGGCUGGGGGGGGGGGGGGU